AUGCCGCCCACACGUGUGUGGGUGAAGCAGGGCUUGGAUUCCCACCGGUCCGCUCAGGUGUUGCUGGUCCCUUUGGGGAACAUCCCUCCCGAUGUUUACGCCAAGUACUGCGAGAUCUUGCGGCGAUUCAGCACGAUCCCCAUGCAGAACCUGACGGCACCGGGGGACUGGAACCGUCAGAACAGCGCCCUGAAGCACUUCAACUGGUCGGAGGGCUGCUUCAACUUCCACUUCAUCGACCAAGACACCACAGAUGGGGGUCUCAGCGACUGGGAAGACUAUCAGGCCUACCGACGAGUGCUUGGAGCGAUCGGGGUGGUGCACUUCCCUUCAUGCGAGGGGGGCCGUGCGGACUUCAAGGAGCUCGAGAAGCAGUUCAACCAGGUGGUGGCCGGCUACAAGCACGUGCACGCGACGCGGAUGUUCGCGUUCGGGCACUCUUUCGAGCAGGGCGACUAUCCCGACAUCCUCGACCCUCAGCGGGACAUCGUUUUCCCCCCGGAGCAAGAGUUCGAGGGUGGAGGAAGCACGACGGAGCUGCACAUGGCCGUUAGCCUGUACGACGUGGCCGUCUCCAUCAUCAAGAACCUCGCCGCGGACAUCAAGACGUGGAGGUCUUCGGCCUCCCCCCCCUCCGCCGCGGGCAGAGCCGUGGCCGUGCUCCGGGGAAACAACGACGCGGCGCCGCCCCUCACGUCGUGGUACGAGCGGGAAGAGGUGCUGAGCGACAGCAAGAACGCCAAGCGAAGAGUAGGACGCCUGCACAAGUGGAUCGGGGACACCUGCCUCCUUCUCGGCUCGCCUAAGGACGCCCUGGAGCACUACAGCCAGUCCAUGUCCGAGACCAAGGCGUCCACGGACCCCCUCUGGCACGCCGGCUGCCUGGAAGGCUACGCCGCCUGCCUGUCGGCCAUGAGCGACGCCGACCACCCCACGGUGCACGGGGACCAGGCGCUGGCCCUGCUGAAGGACAUGGCCAAGGACAAGGAGCUGGAGCGGGCCGGUCAGGAGGGAUCCUCGACCUGGACCGUGCUCGCGGAAGCUGUGGUGUCAGAAAAAUGCGAGGAGGCGUUGGCCGUGUUUAGCCGCCACCCUCCCCUCGGCUCGCUGGAGGUGGAGCUGUGCUUCAAGACGGCGAGGUUCCAUGCCUGCGCGCAACCGACCCCGAGGGUAUCUGGUGACGCUGCCUCUUCCGCCCUCCGAAGGCGUGUCUCCCGGGGGGCGAAUGCUCCCCCCCGUACCCUUGGUGAUGGAAGCACUGGGGAACGUUGCGGGCUCCUCGACGGCAGGAGCGGCUCCGUCGAUAGGUCGGUCUCGGGGUGUCUCGUGUGGUGUAUAAUUCGUGAGUUGGUGGCAAAUAGUGAUGACAAAGUUGGCAGUGGGGGCAAGGGUCGGCAGCAGUGA